AUGCGCGCGUCCUCGGCGGUCCGCCUGUCGCUGCCAACGGCGCACCGGUCGGCGUCGACCCGUGCGCCACCCGCGGGCCGUCCGAGCGGCGCCGCGCCGCGCGCGCCCCGGACGCACGUCGCCGUCGGGUCGCGCCCUCGCGGGAUCUCGAUGCUCCGAAGCCACCGAACGUCGCCUCGAGUGGACCGACGAGGCGACGUUGCCGUCGCGCACGCCGCCGCCGCGACGGCGACCGCCGCGAGCGUCGUCCCGGAGAUUGCCAUCGCGCUCUCCCUCGGCUACCUCGUCGCGUCCUUCGUCGCCUUCUGGUGGGGCGCCUCGCAUCCGCGCUCGGCCGCGGCGACGUACCUCCGCUCGCCCCUGCCCCUCGUGCCGCUGUGCGUCGCCUACCUCGCCCUGCUGUGCGCGUCUUGGUCGCCGGACACGUUGUCCCUCAUGAUGCCCGGGUCCUUAGCCGAGGGGCUCGCCACGGGGCAGCCCCAGUUCUUCCCGAAGCUGAACGGCAUAAUGACGCUGCUCUCGAGGCGCGUCACCGCGUCCAGCGCGUGGCUCCACAUCGCGUGCAUAAACUUUUUCGUCGGCAGAGUCGCCGCUUUGAGAGCCGCGGAACUGCGAAUACCGGUGGCGCACACGCUGUUGCUCACGUUGAUCACCGGUCCGAUCGGGUUACUGAGCCACUGGGUGACGCAGGAGGUGUUCGCGGGUUCAAAGGCGCGGGCGAGACGAAGGACUUUGACGGCGAGCGAGUCGGAGCCCGCGUUGCGACUCGUCGUCGGCGUCAACGGCGGCGGCAUCUUGCCGGAGAGAGCGCCGUACGGGGAGGGGUACGGGCGCGGGUACGGGCACGGGUACGGGGACGUGCCAAAGGUGGGACGCGUGGGGGAUAACAAGGGGGGGAAGCCCAUGUCGCGGGCCAGGUUCCUGAUGCUAGCCAGGCUCGCAUCCUUCGGGGAGACUAAAAAGUAA